CUACAUUCACAGCAUUUUCAAAUAAAUCGAACGGUUCCGCGCGUUCUCCGCUUUGCGUCUGUUUUCUGAGCCAUUUCGCUGUUGUCGGGCCAAGGGCCUAACUUAAAACUGAGUGCUGCUUUUCCUGUCAAUCGUGUGGAUCUCGCAAGGCGCUCCUUUUCCCUCCCCAGUAGCAUUCAGUGUGAUAAAAUUGGCAUCAGUCGACGCGCAAAGGAAUUUUUCGCGAUCACCUCGAGAACGCCAGUGCAAAAAGGAGCCCCAAAAGUAAAAAGUCUGCCGCAAGAUGGCCGCAAAGCCCGACGAUAAGAGCUCGGAUAUUCCGGAUCGCCUGUAUGAUUCCAACCAGCGAAAGACCUACAAACGCAUGCGGUUCUUUGGAAAGGGUGGUUUUGCCAAAUGCUAUGAAAUUAUUGAUGUGGACACCGACGACGUGUUCGCCGGCAAGAUCGUUUCCAAAAAGCUGAUGAUCAAGCACAAUCAGAAGGAAAAGACAGCUCAGGAGAUCACCAUCCACCGCAGCCUUAACCAUCCGAACAUCGUCAAAUUCCACAGCUACUUUGAAGAUCCCCAAAACAUAUACAUUGUGCUGGAGCUAUGCAAGAAACGGUCGAUGAUGGAGCUGCACAAGCGGAGGAAAAGCAUCACGGAGUUCGAGUGCCGGUACUACAUCUAUCAGAUUAUUCAGGGCGUCAAGUAUCUGCACGACAACCGGAUCAUCCAUCGUGAUUUGAAGCUGGGAAAUCUCUUCCUGAACGAUAUGUUGCAUGUGAAAAUUGGUGAUUUCGGUCUGGCUACACGCAUUGAAUACGAGGGCGAGCGGAAAAAGACUCUGUGCGGAACGCCCAACUACAUUGCCCCGGAGAUCCUCACAAAGAAGGGCCACUCGUUUGAGGUGGACAUCUGGUCGAUCGGCUGUGUCAUGUACACGCUACUGGUGGGUCAACCGCCGUUUGAAACCAAGACUCUGAAGGACACCUACUCGAAGAUCAAGAAGUGCGAGUACCGGGUACCCAGUUACUUAAGAAAACCAGCUGCCGAUAUGGUUAUUGCCAUGCUGCAGCCGAAUCCAGAGAGCCGACCUGCCAUCGGUCAGCUGUUGAACUUUGAGUUCCUCAAGGGAUCAAAGGUGCCCAUGUUCUUGCCCAGUUCUUGUCUCACGAUGGCUCCACGUCUUGGUAACAACGAAAUCAUCGAGGACUCUAUCCAUCGUAAACCGCUAUCAGAGAUGAACGGCAUUAGAGACGAUACCCGGCUGGAGUCUACAUUCCUUAAAGCCAAUCUUCAUGAUGCCAUCACAGCCUCGGCACAGGUGUGUCGCCACAGCGAGGACUACCGCAGCGAUAUCGAGAGCCUAUACCAGCAGCUCACUAACCUCAUCAAUGGAAAGCCACGCAUUCUGCAAGGAAACCUGGGCGACGAGAACACAGACCCAGCAGCUCAGCCUCUUUUCUGGAUUUCCAAGUGGGUGGACUACAGUGACAAAUAUGGCUUCGGGUACCAGCUAUGCGAUGAAGGCAUCGGCGUGAUGUUCAACGACACCACCAAGCUUAUCCUACUGCCCAACCAGAUCAACGUGCACUUCAUCGACAAGGAUGGAAAGGAGAGCUACAUGACCACCACCGAUUACUGCAAAUCGCUGGACAAGAAGAUGAAGCUGCUGUCGUACUUCAAGCGCUACAUGAUCGAGCAUCUGGUGAAGGCGGGCGCCAACAACGUGAACAUCGAAAGCGAUCAGAUCUCGCGUAUGCCUCAUUUACACUCUUGGUUCCGAACAACCUGCGCCGUGGUGAUGCACCUCACCAACGGAUCCGUGCAGCUCAACUUCUCAGAUCACAUGAAGCUUAUUCUGUGCCCGCGCAUGAGUGCCAUAACUUAUAUGGAUCACGAAAAGAAUUUCCGCACCUACCGUUUCUCUACCAUCGUAGAGAACGGAGUGUCUAAGGAUCUAUACCAGAAGAUCCGCUACGCCCAGGAGAAACUUAGGAAAAUGCUGGAGAAGAUGUUCAUUUGAUUGAGGCCGGCAAUCUAUCAUUGUAAGGUCAAACUUAAGUUUAAGUCAAGUCCCCAUGGCUUUUGGCAGACAUCGUCUAUAGCCGCCCACGAAUCACCAAUCCACGAAUCUUUAAAAUUAUAGUUUCUGUUUAAAUUUUUUACGCUUGUUCUAUGUUUAUAUAAAGUUUUAUUGUUUUCGCCUUGUCUUCAUUUGCCGAUUAUCAAUUCAUACAUUUUAUACAAUGUUGGGCCAACCUUCAAAAAUAUAUAUCUGUUUUAUGGUUUUCGAACAAACUUAAUAAAAUUAAAAGGAGAUUUUUCCAAAC